CUGUCACAAUAGUAAAAAUAAAAAGGAUCCUAACUUUGUUGGACUAAAAAACAAUCCAAUUAAGCAAAACACAAAUUGAAGUGGGUUGUGCAUAAUUGCUCUGGUCAUUUGUGAGCGCUUAACUGGUGGAGAGACAUAUGCAGACCAAGCACAGAGAGGACGGAAGCGUGAAUAGCAGACGCGGGGAAGGAAACUUUGUGGCGUGCAAAUGCGAGCCAAAACCCUUCCUCCGAUGCAUUUUUUUUUGGGCUCCUUUCUGGUGGUGGCCGCCUGCCUGGUCUAGCACGGAUUGUCAUUUUGUGAGCAAGAAUUCAUUUUGGAGUGUUCAAUUCUUGCUCUUUGGCUAUUUUGUUCCGAGAAUUGCUUUCCUGCCCCAAUUUUGGUGUUAAACGUGUAAAAUGAUUGUCGGAGAUGUGCUUUACCUGUGCUGCUUUCUAGCGUGUGGACGGCCUGCCCAUUCCACAGCCCACAACAAUAACUUGUAUGCUCACAACGAAACGUGGGAUAAUUAUAUAUAAAAAAAAAACAGCUCUGUUUUUCCCUUUAGACCAAAGUCGGCCAUAUAUGGGUUCAGUUCAGAUCCAUUCUUACAGUUAAUAUUCAUAUUCCCCCUUCCUCCACUCGUCCAUUCCCCAUCCCAGAGCAGAGCCAAGCUCGCAGAUCACCCACGCAGCCCUGCACCAAUACGCCAAACUCCGACCCACGUGAUCAAAUUUCCCCAAUUCCCCUCUCCAUAAUAAAACCCAUUUCUCUGCUGCAGCCCUUAGCUCUCAAUUCUGAUCUCUACCUCCCAAAUUCAGCCCUUGAUCGAAUCGAAGUAGACUUACUUUGUAAGAUGGCAGGGGAAGGCAGGGGAUCAGGAGCAGCAGAAGGAACAACCCUUUUCUCUCCGUACAAGAUGGGCAAGUUUAGCCUCUCCCACAGGGUGGUGCUGGCUCCGAUGACGAGGUGCAGGGCGCUGAAUGGUAUACCGACGGCGAUGAUGGCGGAGUACUAUUCCCAGAGAUCCACUCCCGGCGGCCUCCUCAUCUCCGAAGGCACCAGCAUCGAUCCCACCGGCCCGGGGUUUCCUCAAGUACCUGGGAUUUACUCGGAAGAGCAAGUGGACGCAUGGAGGAAAGUAGUGGAUGCAGUUCAUGCCAAAGGGAGCUUCAUCUUCUGUCAACUCUGGCACGUCGGCCGUGCCUCACAUAACGUUUAUCAACCAGGUGGAGCUGCUCCGAUCUCAUCCACCAGCAAGCCCGUGUCCAAAAGGGGCAGAAUCCUGAUGCCUGAUGGAACCUGGGCGCCUUACCCUACCCCUCGGCAGCUGCAGACCUCCGAAAUCCCACUCGUCGUCGACAGCUAUCGCAAGGCUGCUGUCAACGCCAUUAGAGCAGGGUUCGACGGCAUCGAGAUCCACGGCGCCCACGGCUACCUCAUAGACCAGUUCCUGAAAGACGGCAUCAACUACCGAACCGACAACUACGGCGGGAACCUCGAGAACCGGUGCAGGUUCCUGACGGAGGUGGUCCAAGCCGUGGUCUCAGCCAUCGGCGCCAACCGCCUCGGUGUCCGAAUCUCGCCCGCGAUCGAUCACCUCGACGCCAUCGACUCGGACCCGCUGAAGCUGGGCCUCGCCGUGGUGGAGAGGCUGAACUCACUCCAACGCCAAGCGGGCUCGAAGCUGGCGUACCUCCACGUCACGCAGCCUCGGUACACGGCGUACGGGCAGGCGGAGUCGGGCAGGCCGGGCAGCGAGGAGGAAGAGGCGGAGCUGAUGAGGACGCUGAGGACCAGUUACGACGGCACGUUCAUGGCCAGCGGGGCGUACACCAGGGAGCUCGGGAUGGCGGCGGUGGGUUCAGGGGAUGCGGAUUUGGUCUCGUACGGUCGUCUGUUCGUGUCGAAUCCGGACCUGGUGGCGAGGUUCAAGGUGAAUGCGGCAUUGAAUAAGUACAACAGGAGGAGCUUCUAUACCCAUGAUGCUGUUGGGUACACUGAUUAUCCUUUCAUGGAGGGAGGAGGUGCAGAGGAAGGCGGCGGUCCAUUGAUGGCUCGCCUUUGAGCAGGAUGACAUCCCUAUUGUUUAUGUAACAUGAUUGUAUGGUAUUUCUGAUGUAAUAAGAGAGCAACUGGCUAGCUAGUGUUGAUUUUGUUAGCCCAACCAGGAAGUUGAUUCAUGGCAACUAAUAAUGUCACGCUGUGAACAUCGGAAUAAAAAGUUAUUAAACCCCUCUAAAUGAGAGGGGGGCAAAGGGGAUUGAGAAAAAUCAUGUACUUUAUUCAGUGUGUUCUUGUAUCUAUUUAUACUAUACCAUAAAUUGUAAUCGAAUAGUUAUUAAGAUAUUGAAAAGAAGGUUUUCAAACCACGC